AUGGCUCAAAGGCUUAGCCCUUUCUUCCUCUUCCUCGCCGUCUUGCCAGUACUCGCCGUCUACACGACGCAGCUCCCAGCCCCCGGGCCACUGGUGUCCCCCAGGGAGAACGCGACGGAGUUCAUCCGGUCGCGCUGCGGCGCCACGCGGUACCCCGGCCUCUGCUACACUUCGCUGGCGGGAUACUCCGGCGCCGUCCAGCAGAACCCGGCCCAGCUCGCCCGCCUCUCCGCCAACGUAACCCUCUCUCGCCUCGCCUCCCUCAUGGCCCGUGUCACCCGCCACCGCCGGGCCUGCCACCCACUCAACGUAUCCGCCGCCACCGCUGCCUGCCCCGAGGCGGCGGCGCUGGGCGACUGCGCGGAGACCCUCGGAGAAGCGUCCGACCUGACAAGAAAGACCGAGGAGGAGCUGCGCGGGCUGGCGGAGGGCCCGGCGGCGGAUGCGGCUUGGCGGGUGUCCAACGCGCAGACGUGGAUGAGCGCGGUGGUCAGCGACGAGGAGACGUGCUCCGACGGGUUCGAGGAGGUGGCUGCCGGAAGUCGAGCGAAGACGGACGUUACCCGGCGGUUAUGGCACGUGAAGAAGUACACCAGUAACGCACUUGGCUUGGUCAACAGCCUCACCGGCACUCUGUGA